GCCUGGGGGAGGAUGGCGUUGAAACAUGGGGGAGAAAAAGGCCUUAACACGGCCUCGCCUUGGCGCGGGCGUCCGGGGAGCGGGGGGCGCGCUCCCGUGGACUCUGCGCGACCUGGGCUCCUGGCGCUGCGCAUGCGCUGGCUCAGCAGCCGCGGGGGCUGCUGGGAGGCGAUUUCCAUGGUAUCGCGGCUCUGAGCGUCGGGGCUGCUGGGCGAGCGAAGGAAGGUUCCCGGGAAGUGGCAGCCGCGCUCCCUGGGUCCCCCUUCUCCGACGGGGCUGUGCGGGGCGCCCGGCACGCAGCACGAGCUCUGAAACGAUGGCUCUUGUGACUGGUUCGCUCUCCAUCUUGCAAUUGAAGAGACGGCCUCAGAGGUUCUUGCAAACCCAGGCCGUCGGGCUCCAGAGCCUAUCGGAUAGGCUGAAGGCAGCAGUUCACUACACCGUUGGCUGUCUUUGCGAGGAAGUGGCGUCGGACAAAGACAUGCCGUUCAGCAAACAAACCAUUGCGGCGAUUUCGGAGGUGACCUUUCGACAGUGCGAAAAUUUUGCCAAAGACCUUGAAAUGUUUGCCAGACACGCAAAAAGGAGCACAAUUAACACUGAAGACGUGAAGCUCUUAGCCAGGAGGAGUAAUUCACUGCUAAAAUACAUCACAGAGGUAAAUGAAAACCUUGCUCAGUUUAACCUGGAACGCAAAGCAAAGAAGAAAAAGAAGUCAGAGGAUGAAAACAAAGAUGCAGUGGAGCCAGGAGAGGCUGGUGUAGUGGAAAUUGAGAAUUAACCUCUCACCAUUUGGAAAAAACAGACUUCAGGUAGAACCACAGAAAACACAGAUUGCCAACGAAGGUAAUUUUGAACGGGAAAGUGAGGAUCAAAACAAAAAACAAAAUAAAAACGACCAGGAGGCUUUUUGUACUGUAUUCUCCGAGACACUGACUGCAAAAGCUUUUUUAAAAGAGUACUAGAAACUUACGCAAAAUACUUCCAUGUUUUACUGAAGCACGUGAAAAAUCGUGUGUUUGGUAUGUACUGGAAAUUGUAUCUGUUGCAAUUAACAAACUUGUGUUAGCAAUUAAAUAUGGCUGAAUUUUUUUCUUU